UUCGCUUUGCCCGCGGGCCCCGCCCGAGGCCCCGCGCGGCUCCGGACCCCCGGGGCGGGCCGGGGCGGCCUCGCGGAGCCCGUCGGUGGCACGAUGAGGCCGUGCCGGGCCGGGGCGGCGGGCUGGGGCUCGGCAGCUGCGCUGGUUGUGCUGGCGGUGCUGGUGGCGGCCGUCUUCCUCCUGGUGCUGGGCCCGGACGGGGACGCUGCCCUUCCCGCGAGGACUAAAUACGGAAUGGUGUUUGACGCUGGCUCCACGCACACGGCUCUCUACAUCUACCAGUGGCCUGCGAACAAGGAGAAUGGCACAGGCAUUGUCAGCCAGGUGGAAACGUGCACCGUGAAUGGAUCUGGCAUCUCCAGCUACGCAGAUGACCCCGCUGGGGCUGGAGCCAGCCUGAAGCCCUGCCUGGACAAGGCCAUGACGCUCAUCCCUGCAGAGCAGCAGCGGGACACCCCCGCCUACCUGGGGGCCACAGCGGGCAUGCGGCUGCUGAGGAAGCAAAACAGCACAAAAGCUGAUCAGGUCUUCGCUGAGGUCACCAAGGUCAUUCGAGAGUACCCUGUGGACUUCCGUGGAGCUCAGAUCCUCACAGGGAGUGACGAGGGCACCUUUGGCUGGAUCACCAUCAACUACCUGCUGGAGACACUCAUCAAAUGUUCCUUCACAGGCAAGUGGACCCACCCACCAGUGGAGGAUGCCGUUGGAGCUCUGGACCUUGGUGGGGCUUCCACCCAGAUCACAUUUCUUCCUGGGACCACCAUAGAUGACAGCAACACAAGAGCUCUCCUCAGACUGUACGGGACCAACUACUCCAUUUACACCCACAGCUACCUCUGCUAUGGACAAAGGCAAGCCCUGAAGAGGCUGAUGGCAUCUUUACACCAGGGCAACCUGUCUUCCCAGCACAUAUCGCACCCCUGCUACCCCAGGGAAUACCGGGAGAACGUCACCAUGGCAGAGCUCUACAACAGCCCCUGUGUCCCCGCACCGAGCACACCCAGCCCUGCACAGGUCCUCACGGUAACGGGGACAGGGGACCCGGCAGCGUGCAGCGCUGCCAUGCAGAAACUCUUCAACUUCACCUGUGGGACCAACAGGACGUGCGGGUUCAACGGGGUUUAUCAGCCACCCGUGCGGGGACAGUUCUUUGCCUUUUCAGGGUUUUAUUACAGCCUUCACUUUCUGAACCUGACUGGAGAGCAGUCCCUGAGCUCAGUCAAUGACACUCUCUGGAAAUUCUGCACCAGGAAUUGGAAGAAGCUGCAGAAGGAGUUCCCCACUGCGAACAGGACCCACCUCCGUGACUCCUGCGCAGCCAGCUCCUACACCCUCACCCUCCUGCUGCAAGGCUACAAAUUCAACCACAAGACAUGGCACAACAUCCACUUCCGCCACCAGGUCUCAAAUGUAGAUGUGGGCUGGACUCUGGGCUAUAUGCUCAAUCUCACCAACAUGAUUCCCCCGGAGACCCCCCAGAGUGUCAUAGGGCUCCCAAGAAGCAACUGGAUAGCAGCCACAAUCUUGCUGGCCGUCAUGCUGGUUCUCACCUUCUGCCUGCUCGUGGCUAUGUGCUACCAGAAGAACUACUCCGGUUAUGAAAGCCUCUAGCAGUGCUGGCUGCAGAGGCUGCUGCAGCCACCUGGUCCUGCUGCCAAGCUUGUGCAAGGAGCUGCCAGUGGGGGAAUGGGCCCCAUGUCCCAGAGCUGUGAACUUGUAAUGUGGGGCACCUGUGUCAUGGCCUGCUGAGCUGGAAGCAGCACAGGCCUUAAAAAAAAAAACACAGAACCAACCAACCAACCGACCAACCAAAAAAAACAACAAAAACACAAGACAAAACAAACAAACAAACAAAAAAAACCCACCCUGUAA